AUGCGUCUUCCACUCCUUUUCCUCCUUCUAACUGGCUUGGCCACUGCUUGGCUAGGCCACCUAAACCAUCCGGUUCGUGACGUUCCCCAUAAUUAUGAUUGCACUGGAAACAAUUUGAUGAACUGUGUGCUCGUAGAAUCCCAAUUGGACAUGAUCCGUCAUGCGAUUUACGUGAAGAACUGGAAAUUGUUGGCAGAACUUACGGAGGUUCCUAUGACUGGGGAUGACGAAUUUCCCGGCAACACCCUGAAAUCUUACUACGAGAUCACCAAGGUUUAUACUAUUCCGAUUUCUGUUAUUAAAAGCAUGACCGCGGUGGUUACUGUAGAACAAGCUGGAAAACGACCGAGAGACGCAAAGAUUUAUAUGGGAAAGAGCAAAGAGAGCCUUACUGGAUGGAAAAUCUUCCAUUUUGAAUGGAUUCCAUAA